AUGGCUUCCUUUGCCUUUUUCUUAUUAUCGUGGGACUGGAACCAAAAUUUUCUGAAACAGGCAGCAUGUUUACCCUGUGCUGGACUCACGGCCUGGAACGGGCUGAAUGGACUGAACGCUUUAGGGAAAAGUCACACGGUGGUUGUCCAAGGAACCGGCGGCGUCAGCAUGAUGGCCUUGAAACUCGCCGCAAGCUCAGGCGCCGACUUGAUCCUGACAUCGUCCUCGGACGCGAAAUUAGAACAAGUCAAGACACUCUACGGCCUUGGCUCCAUCAAGACGAUCAACUACAAAACUUGCCCACGGUGGGAGGAAGAGGUUCUCAGACUCACCCACAAUGCUGGUGUGGAUAUCACCAUCGAGAACGGCGGCGGCUAG